AUGAGCAACACAUGGAAGGGGAGGAGUAGGCAGAACCAGGAGGCAACGUUGGAGGUGAUCAAGGAUAACCUCCGGGAAAAGAUACGAGAGAAGAAGGGCAUCACUAUCGAGGUGAUACCCGAAGAUGGAUUCAGCGAGGACGAUGAAGCGUUAGCGGCGGAUCUUGCAGCAUUCCGGAAUGCUCGAAGAGCACCCCCGAGUGCUCCAGGGGAUAUCUCUGGUUCCGACAACGGUAACGGCCAGGAAGAGGUGGUUCACGCUCAACUUCGGGGCAUUGAAGCGGAAGAUGAAGGCGAGGGGAGGGAUGAAGAGGAGGAUCGCGAGGAAGGCGAGGAGGAAGAUGAUCUAUAG